AUGGAAGAAUUAGGUAUGCGUCCUGAAACAUCUAAAUGCUCACGAAUGGAAAAGCGUAGAUUAGUAUCACAAAGUCAUCAAAGACAAGAAUCAAGUCAAGCUCCAAGAAUCAAUGGAAUUACUUUAUAACAAUACUUCAGGGGAAGCAACUUUAGAGUACUGGAAAUCAACGAAGAUGAAUGGGACAAUCACUAAGUUGGAUAGCCACGUGCUCCUCCUCUUUAAAAUACCAAUUUUCGUAUUAAAACAGAUAAGAAAAUAAACAAUAAAAAACUACUAGAACGAUCGCCUGCUUAAAACCUAACUACGAGCAAAGACUUUAAUCAACGUAAAAUUAAUAGACCUCACAUUACAUCAAAUGAAUUCUUUCAAAACGAAGAUGAACUCAGAAAAACCAGAAUAGAACUCAAAUACGGACGCAUGAAAGAGGAUGUGAACAAUCGCUUUGGGAAUCCUGACCAGGAUCUUAUCAAUAAAUAUGCAGAAAAAUUUAAUAUAAAUAGGGAACCUCCAAAAUUGACAUUAGCUCCCAGAGAACUCUAUGCAAAAAUCAAGUGA